AUGCCUCUCAUGGAACAUGGAGUGGUGAGAAUGAAGAUUGGUGACAGCAGCAAUCAAGGGCAUGUGGACAAAGUUUCUUUGUGGUUGUCUUUAUGUGAAUUUUCUGUGGGCUUGAGAGAGAAGGCUUUGUUCUUCUACCAUUUUAUCUCUUGUAGUUGGUACCAGAAUAGUGGACUACAGAUGCAGUUUCCUUCUUUGGUACAGUCAUCUGCUUACAGAGAAGAUGCAGGUGUAAAUGCAAGAACUUUGCUGUUUGAAGAUCCAGCAGCCUACCAGUAUGGACGACAUCAAUUAAGCUCUGAUGAAGACCCUGUGUCUGAAGCUCAUUUCCAAACACAAAUGCCUUUAAUGGGACAGCAUAGCCUUUAUGGAAGACUACCAUCAUAUGGACAACAUACAUUACGUAACCCAUACAGAGAUGAAUUCAGUGACAUAGCACGUGAGCCUGCAUAUCAUGUACAUAGAGAGCCCAUUGGAGUUCUUCGUUGUCGAAGUUACAGUGGGCAGUAUGCCUAUCCUCUUCCUCAGCGAAAUCCUGAGAGAGCUCAUAGAAGAUCUUUCCUAGAUAUGAGACCACACAUUUAUCGUCGAACAGCAUAUCCAGAACAACCUUUUUAUGGCUAUGUUGAUGGUGGAAAUAUGUUUUUCAUGAAUAGAUACUAAAAUAAUUUUCCACUCAGGAACAUCAUCUACAGUAAGCAAUGUGAG